UAAAAAGAUAGAAAGAGAAAGGUAUAUCCAGCAAGUCAGCCAGCCGGCCGGCUGAGUUUCAUUCAUAAAAUUCAUCGAAUCGGCUGACUUCUUGUGCUCGUUGGUUCUGCAAACGUGUCAGUGGAUUGAUUAUAUUUUUUCUUUGCGAUGACUUUACAAGCUAUCAAGUGGAAAGAUGGAAAGUUGGAAGUGCUCGAUCAAGUAUUAUUACCAGCAGUUUCUAAAUACAUCGUUGUCAAGGGUGUCGAGGAUGGUUGGAAGGUCAUCAAUAAGAUGCAGGUUAGAGGUGCUCCAGCUAUAGCUAUUGUCGGUUGUCUUAGUUUGUCUACAGAGGUUAGAAAUGAACAUUUUACGGAUAAGAAAUCAUUACGUCAAGAGGUCGAAGGAAAAUUGAAUUAUCUUGCGUCAGCAAGACCUACUGCUGUUAACAUUAAGAUAGCAGCAGAAGAGCUUAUCAAUUUAAUCAAUAAACUCACAGAAGAUGAUACUGUAACGAUACAGCAAAUGAAAGAAGAAUUUUUACGUACAAUAGACUCCAUGUUACAAAGAGACAUUGCUGAUAACAAAGCAAUUGGAAAUUAUGGAGCAUUAGAAAUAUUGAAAAAUGUUAACGAGGAUAGUUUAGUUAGAAUUCUUACUCAUUGUAAUACUGGUAGCUUAGCAACUGCUGGUUAUGGAACUGCUUUAGGUGUAAUCAGAUCUUUAAAAGCAAGAAACGUUCUUGAACAUGUUUACUGUACUGAAACAAGGCCGUACAAUCAAGGAGCACGUUUGACUGCGUAUGAAUUGGUCAAUGAUAAGAUACCAGGGACUUUGAUUUGUGACGACAUGGUUGCAGCAUUGAUGAAAUCUAGAAAUAUUACUGCAGUUGUGGUUGGUGCUGAUCGAGUAGCUGCCAAUGGUGACACUGCUAAUAAAAUUGGAACAUAUCAGAUUGCAAUUAUAGCAAAAUAUCACAAUGUACCAUUUUAUGUGGCGGCUCCAAGAACAUCGAUAGAUUUUGCAAUACCUAGUGGUGAUCAUAUAGUCAUUGAAGAAAGACCUGAGAGAGAAAUGACUCACAUUAAUGAUCAACGUAUAGCUGCGAAUGGUAUACAAUGUUGGAAUCCAGCAUUCGACAUAACUCCUGCCAGUCUUAUAAAAGGCAUAAUUACAGAGGUCGGUGUUUAUAAGCCUGAAAAUUUAAUCAAACUAUUCCUACAAUAGGAUUUAUAAUCAUAUGGCUUACAAUAAACGACCACGCUUAAAAUAAAAUAUAAUAAUGAGAUGACUACAAUAAUAAUAAUAAUAAUAAUUAUAAUAAUAAUAAUAAAAAGAAAAGAAAUAUAGGGGAAAAAAGCAAAGAGAAAAUAAUAUUCGAUCAAACAAUGCAUGCAAAAUUGGAACCAAGUGCCAAAAUGGGUUCAUAUACCUUCUAAGUAUUAUUCUUUGAUAUUAUUGCCAAUCAAUUGUAGUUUUUGAUAAGUGCACGAAAAAUAAUAUUCCUAUACUACGAUCAA